UUGUACGUCGCGUUGCUUAUGUGUCAAUAAAGUUAGAAAAAAUUGAUAUAUCGUGACGUACAUUACGCACUAAGACGUUGCCAGUGGUGGCGGCCAUGCUGGUUGAGGGCAGUUGUGAACCUUUCUAGAGGACACAACAUGGUUUUCCUCAGCCUGUCACGAUGGGUCCGGAGCCGGGGUCCUGAUCACUACUGGAGGGCCCAGGAGGUGCUGCAACAUGCCAGGCAUUUCCGUGGAAGAAAAAAUCGUUGCUUUAGCCUGGCGAUACGAGCUGUUCGCCGAGCCUUUGUGUAUUCAACGAAAGCCAGAAGGGCGAGGAAGAGCAUUAUGAGAACGCUCUGGAUAAACCGUAUCACAGGAGCUAUUCAGGAACAUGGCGUAAAGUAUCAACACUUAGUUUCCAAUCUUGCAAAAUGUCAGGUGGCUUUGAAUAGGAAGGUUUUGUCCGAUUUGGCCAUCUAUGAACCCAAGACCUUCAAGUCAUUGGCAACCCUGGCCAAGAGGAGAGGAGAAGAAGGUUUAGUUUCGGCACUUGGAGAUGGGAAGGAGCCUGAAGGAAUAUUUUCUCGGGUGGUGCAUUAUCCCUAGCUCCGAUAACUGACUGAACUGAGCGGGUAACUAUAGUUUACAGGAUGUCCGUGUCCCUGGAUGGUGCUCGCCAUCUCAUACCGGAGAAGAACAUCACCCUUGAUGGCAGAGGAUCCGAAGAGACUUGUAGAACUGUUUCUUAACUUACCAUGAGGAGCGCAGUUGUUGCAUAAAAAUCUGCUAUAUUUAGCAAAACCUGACUUUUCUAUGACCAAUAAAAAGAUUCGGUGAUUUUUGA